AUGACGAUGAUGACGAUGAUGAUGGUCAGCUGGAGCGCUUUUCUGCAGAUCUGCUGGAUACUCAUGGUGAGAGCAAACCAGUUCAACCCCGGAGAGCCGAGCGGCUGCCGGACCAACACUCCACAGAGUGAUCUGAACUCCUUCCUGUGGACGAUCAAGCGGGACCCUCCGUCAUAUCUGUACGGCACCAUCCACGUCCCGUACACCCGCGUCUGGGACUUCAUCCCGCAGAACUCCAAGCAGGCGUUCCAGGAGAGCAGCGUGGUGUACUUUGAGCUGGAGCUGACGGACCCGUCCACCAUCUCGGCUCUGUCCCGCUGUCAGCUGCUGCCGGCGGGCCAGAACCUGCAGGACGUGCUGCCGCCAGAACUCUACCUGCGCCUGAAGACGCACCUGGAGUACGUGCGGCUGAUGCUACCCUCCUGGAUGACCCCUGACCAGCGGGGAAAGGGCCUGUAUGCUGAAUACCUGUUCAACGCCAUCGCCGGGAACUGGGAGCGCAAGCGUCCGGUGUGGGUGAUGCUGAUGGUGAACUCGCUGACGGAGGCCGAUAUAAAGACCCGUGGGGUCCCGGUGCUGGACCUGUACCUGGCCCAGGAGGCGGAGCGCAUGAAGAAGCAGACCGGAGCCGUGGAGAAGGUGGAGGAGCAGUGCAGUCCGCUAAACACACUCGACUUCUCUCAGGUGAUCUUCGCUCUGAAUCAGACGCUGCUGCAGCAGGAGAGUGUGCGGGCCGGCAGUCUGCAGGUGCCCUACACAACUGAACACCUGAUCACACACUACAACUGUGGAGACCUGCACUCCAUCAUCAGCCACGACACCGCACAGGUGCCGAACUUCAACAAUGUGACUCUGCGUCCCAGCGAUCAGGUGACGGCGCAGCAGAUCGACAGCUACUUCAGACGCGAGCUGAUCUACAAGCGUAAUGAGCGCAUGGGCCGCCGCGUCACAGCCCUGCUGCAGGAACAGCCACACAAAACUUUCUUCUUCGCAUUCGGAGCAGGGCAUUUUCUGGGGAAUAACUCUGUGAUUGACGUCCUGCGGAGAGAAGGAUACGAGGUAGAACACACACCUGCUGGACAACCACUGCACAGACGGUCAGGCUGGAGGUCUGCAGAUCCCGCAGACACAGACGCAGCGCUGCAGCCGUUCCUCCACCACAGCAGGCAUCAUGAGCUGCAGCUUCUGGAGGGUCUGGAGCUGCUGGAGAAGGUGGAGCACAAGCUGAAGAAGAAACACCGCAGAAACAAGCUGAAGAAACAGCGGCAGUUCAACGACCUGUGGGUGCGCAUGGAGGACAGUGUGACAGCCGAGGCUCCGCCCCCUCUCAUCCACAUCAUCAACGGUUACAUCACAGUCCAGACACACCCACAGGAGCACGAGAGAGCCAAUCACGACAGGACGUUUUCAGGCUCCUCCUCACGGACAGGCCCCGCCCUCAGUGCGCUGGCUGUGUGUGUUCAGAUGCUCAGACUGCUGCUGUGA